UAUACAACGCAGUGUGUCUUACAUCUAUCUGGUCUGAUUUACAGCAUUGGACCAAACAUGGAAUUUUCCCAGUCGACAAAGAAGAAUAUCAUUUGUGACAGUGUUAUUCUCUACACUGGGAUAUUUACAAAUUUGGGCGUUCUAAUCCAUCUUCACAAGACAUGGAUUUCCAGGAACCGAGUGCAGGUUUACGUUCUGGUUCUGUGUGUUGCAGAUUGUUUGGGGCUUAUCUUAAGACAGUGCGUCGAAGUCGGUCUGCAUACGACAGAAACUUGGAACACUGGGGAAAUCGGUUGCAAAAUCAUCAUGUCUAUUUCAAUGGCUGGAACCUUCCUUGCACAUUUAGUCCUUGUCACUUUCAACAUUGACAACCUCGUUGUUGUGACUUACAAACAGUCUCCAUCACCAGUACGACUCUGUCAACUAGCGUGUGCUGUGCUAAUGACCGCCCUGUUCAUCGGUGUAAAGAUGCAUUUAUAUCACAUUGAAAUACACCCCAUAUACGCCACACUAAGACAGUGCACCCCAUUUGGAAGAAUCUCAGUGGAUCAAGAAUUGAUAUAUGGAGUAGUCGAUGUUGUUGCUGUUGUUUUGUUUCCCGGACUGCUUAUUGCAGUCUGUGGUGCAUUGGCCUUCAUCCACAGGCGAAAUGUUUAUUCUACCGAGAAGGGAGUUCGACAACAAUACGACGACAACGACGACGCUAAGAGAGACCUGUGGGACAUGAAAUAUGAUAUCUUAUAUACCACAACAUUAGACUGCCUUUUUACUGUAUGUUGGCUGCCGUACAGCAUCAUGAAGAUGUUUCUUCUUACACACACAGGACUGUUCCACGAAAGAAAUCAUUACUUGAAGAUAUGGGAUGCUUUAACGUAUCUGUCUAUGGUAAACCACUGCUUUAAUCCUCUUGUCUACGGUCUUUUCUUCAUAGUCUACGGGAGAAAGAAAACUCCAGUGCAUAUAUAGUGAGGCAUCAUUGCUGAAUAAUUAGUGAUUGAGUGAGUGAAUUUAGUUUUACGCCGCAUUCAGCAAUAUUUCAACGGUUUGUAAAUAUUCGAG